GCGGUUCCGGGGCAGGCGGCGCCGGCCGGGGAUGAGCUCGGAGCGGGGGAACGUGUCGCGCACGCGGCCCCAGCGCCACCAGAACGCGCGCGCCUUCAAGAACGACAAGUACGACACCAGCGCCCGGCGCAAGAAAAUAAAUGCUAAGCUUCAUGACGGGGUGUGUCAGCAUUGCAAAGGUAUCUUGGAGUGGCGAGUAAAAUUCAGAAAGUACAAACUACUGACAAAACCUAAAAAAUGUGUGAAGUGCCUCCAGAAGACUGUAAAAGAUCCUUAUCAUAUUAUUUGUCGACCAUGUGCUGGAAAACUUGAAAUUUGUGCUAAGUGUGGGAAACAAGAAGAAAUAGUAAUUCCGAUUGAUAAAGGAGAAGACAGAACUGAGAGUGAGACUUCUAAAAUUGGCCAGGAGAGCAGUAAAUCAAAGGAUGAGCUGGAUUUUGAUACAAAUUUCAGUAGUGCAGACAGUGAUGGAGACUCUGAUGUGCUUGAAGAAAAAUUUAAAAGCAUGAAUUUUGAAAGGACAGAGAUCUAAAAGGUUGUGUUUAUGGAAGAGAUUAUAUGCAAUCAAAUAUGGAAAACCAAUGCUUGCCUCAAACUGCUCCAAGCCCUGAUUUGACAUCUGAGAUCCUUGUAUGAAAAUGUUGGCAUUGUGUAUGAUGAUGCAUGUAGGGAUUUGUAUUAAUACACAUUUCUGUGUAUUAGGAACAGAAUUGCUUUGAAAAUAUUCAGAAAUUCUAUCUGUAAGAAUACUUAUUUAUUUCAUAAAUGUAACAACUUCCUAUUUUUAUGGAAUAAAGCCUCUUUGUGUAAUUGU